CACUAUUCAUCACUUCCGGAGUUCCGGUGGUCGUCGAACUCGUCGUCUUCCGUCCAUCCCAUCCUCGGCGGCGGCGGCGGAGAGAGAGCAAGAGAUGACGUCCUCGGGGACGGGCGCGCAGCAGCUGCCGCGGACGGAGGCGCGGUCGCUGUCGGGUCACGAGGGAGCGGUGCUGGCCGUGCGGUUCAACCGGGACGGCAACUACUGCCUGAGCUGCGGCAAGGACCGCACACUCCGCCUCUGGAACCCUCACACUGGCGCCCACGUCAAGACCUACAAGUCCCACGCCCGCGAGGUCCGCGAUGUCCACUCUUCCUCGGAUAACGCGAAACUGGUGUCCUGCGGAGCCGACAGACAGAUCUUCUAUUGGGACGUCGCCUCGGGCCGCGUCAUCCGCAAGUUCCGCGGUCACAACAGCGAGGUCAAUUCAGUGAAGUUUAAUGAGUACAACGCUGUUGUAGUCUCAGCUGGUUAUGACCGUACGGUGCGUGCAUUUGACUGCAGGUCACAAAGCAGUGACCCUAUUCAGACAAUUGAUACUUUUCAAGAUAGUGUAAUGUCAGUUAACCUAACAAAGACAGAAAUAAUUGCUGGCAGUGUUGAUGGUACUGUCCGGGCAUUUGACAUUCGUAUGGGUAGGGAGACUGUUGAUAAUCUGGGGCAUCCUGUGAACUGUGUAUCAUUAUCAAAUGACAGCAAUUGCCUUUUAGCUAACUGUUUAGAUUCUACUGUGCGGCUUCUAGACAAGUCAUCUGGAGAACUGUUACAGGAGUAUAAGGGACAUACGUGCAAGUCCUUCAAGAUGGAUUCCUGUCUGACGAAUGAUGAUGCAUUUGUCGUUGGUGGAUCUGAGGAUGGUUAUAUUUUCUUCUGGGAGUUAGUCGAUGCACCUGUUGUUGCAAGAUUCAGGGCACAUAGUUCUGUGGUAACUAGCAUCAGUUACCACCCAACGAAGGCCUGCAUGUUGACAUCUUCGGUGGAUGGCUCUAUUCGUGUUUGGACCUGAAGACUCUUGAACGGUGGAUGUGCUAUUCGUACUAUUCCUCCAAAUCAUCCGGUUAUCUAGCUGCAAGGAUUCAACAGCAUGAAAGAUGAAUGAACCUAAUGGGAUUCAUGCAUGCCUUGUUGCUAUGACGUUGAGAGAAGAAAAUGUGCUACUGUUGGGUUGUGUAGCACGAAGCUCUGUGGCCAAAACCUUUUGAAGCUGGUAUUCUCUGUCUUCUACAUAGUUUGUGAGCCUUUUAGAUGAUCGAAUUAUACCUGAAGACAACUUGUGAGUUGCAUGAAAGGUAACACUUGUUACGAAGUUUCACUGUAAGUGUCCUGUCUCCAUGUUACUGAAGACAACUUAUUGGGCUUUGAGAAAUGCGGUGAUCAAUCAUCUUUUAGCUUCU